AUGGAUUAUAUGUCAUUCAACGAGACUUUCAGUAAGGAUAUCGUCGAAGAAAGUAGUGUUUUCGAUUCCAUGAACGACUGUGAAGGUUUUGAUGAUGGUGGUGAAAAUGCAAACACAGCUAAUAAUGAAACAAUAGAAGAUCAAUGCAAUUAUUCAAUGAGGAAUGAAGAUGGCUGUAAUGAUGGAAACGAAACAUUAAAUUUCAUAACUGAUUUGAUUGCACGGGAACAUAAAGACGUAUUUUUUGAAUCAGAUUAUCGAUCUGAUGGCAUGGAGGAAACGAACGAUGGGUCGAAAUGUUGGUUUCCCAAUGUAGACGCAGAAUAUAAGCCGAAGGUGGGUGAUGGAUUUGAGACCGUAGAAUCGACUGAGAAAAUGUACCGAAAGUAUGCUAAUGAAGCUGGGUUUGAUGUACGUUUAUCCAACAAGAAGAUAAAUAAGAAGGGUCGUAUCACGUCUCGAUUUUAUGUGUGUAGUAAGGAAGGAAGGCCACCAAGUAAGUAUUUUGAUUCCUUAGAUGUUCUUCCUGGUGAUCGCAGGAUCCGUAAUUCAAAUGUAAAGCGUUCCGGUUGUGGAGCAUGUUUGAAGAUUCAUUUUGUUAAAGAACGGAGAGAGUAUGAAGUUUAUAAAUUUAUUAAGCAACACAAUCACAUGCUUUUUAAUAAGGAGGAGAUGAGGUUCUCACGUUCUAAAAGGCAACUACACUACGCUGAUCACAAAAAUGUCUUUCAUGGUUCUAGUUCAAAGGUUGGUGUCACCAAAUCUCAUAGAUUUAGGAAAGCAAUUACGGGUGGUGUAGAUUGCUCGGGUGGCACCGUAAGAGAUCAUCAAAACUUCAAACGCGAUACGGCUUAUUUUGUUGGCAAUAAAGACGCGCAAAUGUUGUUAAAUCUGAUGUCUAAUAGGAGGAAGGUGUGUCCCGAGUUUUUUUUUGAGUACAAGUGUGAUGAUAAGGAGUUGCAUGCCAUGAUAUUUGUUCCGUUUGUUGCAAUUGAUAAUCAUAAGAAAUCUGUCGUUGUUGGAGCUGCUUUGAUUCACAAUGAAUCUGUGGUUGAUUACACUUGGGUAUUGAAAGCUUUUGUAAAAGCUCAUGGACAUCAACCACGUUUUGUGAUCACUGACCAAUGUGCGUCGAUGAAACAAGCAAUUCUCAUUGCAUUUCCUGAAUCCAAGCAUCGAUUGUGUAUGUGGCAUAUCACUAAAAAGCUCAAAUCUAAGAUCAGUAAUUACCUCCAACAUCGUACGCCGUUUGUUAGCGAAUUUAAUAAGUUAGUGUGGAAUGUUCACCUUGCCCCUGAUGAAUUUGAGAUGAAAUGGCUCAACAUCUCAUGGAUUCCAGCUUAUUAUAAGGAUUAUCAUAUGUCCGGUCUAAUGAAAACAACAUCCAGGUCGGAGAGUAUUAAUGCUUUUUUUAAUGUUUAUGCAUAUUUUUGGCACGAUCUUGUCAUUUUUCAUCGUUCUUUUGAUAAUGCAAUUGAAAGCCAACGGACGACACAUGGGUCGCUAGAGGUGACAACGAAGAGCACGGUUCCUCGAUUGGUGUCUCCUUUCAAAUUAGAAGCUCAUGCAGCAGAAGUAUAUACACAAACGAUAUUUUUGGAAGUUCAGAAAGAGUUAAGAAAGGCUGUUUGGCUUUGUGGAUGGGAUGGAUUCACUGACGUUGGUGAAACCCGAGUGUACACCAUAACACACAAGAACAAAACUUCUAAGAUCACCACAAAGUUUUCAAGAACAAGAUUGAAAACUCGUAUGAUUGCUCAUGUAACUGUUUUGUUCGUAACGGGAUUUUAUGUCGUCAUGCUCUCAAGGUGUGCUAAUCUGGGUUCACCAUUCAUAUGA